AUGGUUGUUGGUUUCAACAAUGUUGGGAGUGUUGAAGAUGAUGAUGAUGAUGAUGACGACGAUGAUAAUGAUGAUGACUAUCAUGAUGAAAGCCCCUCUGGCCAGUAUGGAGGAAGGGACCCCCUCCCCCAAGCCCCUCUGGCGGGCCCACAGAGCAAGAGCCUCUUCACAGAUGUGGACUUUGGCUGUGAACACCAGGGUCCCACUGGAAGACCUGGACUUCCAGGUGACAAGGGCGCCAUCGGGAUGCCUGGACGCGUGGGUGUCAAAGGUCAACCAGGCGAGAAGGGUGCCCCAGGAGCUGCGGGGAUGUCCAUCAUCGGGCCUCGAGGCCCCCCUGGCCAGCCUGGUACCCGAGGAUUCCCUGGAUUCCCGGGUCCCAUUGGUCUUGAUGGCAGGCCGGGCCACCCCGGACCUAAAGGGGAGACGGGCCUGGUGGGUCCUCGAGGACAACCGGGACCCCAGGGACAAAAGGGAGAAAAGGGUCAGUGUGGAGAAUACCCACACCGGGAGUACCCAAGUGGCACGCUCGCAGCUCUGCGCUCCAACCCGAUAAUUUCCCUAAAGGGGGAACAAAGCCAGGCUGGCAUCCAAGGCCCUCCAGGGCCACCAGGCCCCCCAGGACCUAUAGGGCCACCUGGUUUACCAGGGCCUCCUGGACCAAAGGGAGACCCAGGGAUCCAGGGCUAUCAUGGCCGCAAGGGAGAGCGGGGCAUGCCGGGAAUGCCAGGCAAGCACGGAGCCAAGGGGGUUCCUGGGAUUUCUGUGGCUGGGAUGAAGGGCGAGCCAGGGACACCAGGAGCCAAGGGCGAGAAGGGUACAGCAGGCUCCCCUGGCCUCCUGGGGCAGAAGGGAGAAAAAGGCGAUGCUGGCAAUGCCAUCGGAGGAGGCAGGGGGGAGCCUGGCCCCCCAGGGCUGCCUGGCCCCCCUGGGCCAAAGGGAGAAGCUGGUGUUGAUGGCCAGGCUGGGCCCCCGGGACAGCAAGGAGACAAGGGGCAGCCAGGAGCAGCCGGGGAGCAGGGACCCGCUGGCCCCAAGGGUUCCAAGGGCGAACCUGGCAAGGGAGAAUUGGUGGAUUACAAUGGCAGCAUCAACGAAGCACUUCAGGAGAUCAGGACGCUGGCCUUGAUGGGGCCUCCUGGUCUUCCUGGACAAACAGGCCCACCCGGACCUCCAGGGACUCCAGGCCAAAGGGGGGAGAUUGGACUGCCAGGCCCUCCGGGACACGAUGGGGACAAGGGCCCUCGAGGAAAACCAGGAGAUAUGGGGCCCGCUGGUCCUCAAGGACCCCCAGGAAAGGACGGGCCUCCGGGAAUGAAGGGAGAGGUUGGACCCCCAGGAAGCCCAGGGGAGAAAGGGGACACAGGAGAGGCAGGCCCUCCGGGUCUAGACGGCCCAACUGGGGAGAAAGGAGAACCAGGUGACGAAGGGAGGCCUGGAGCAACAGGAUUGCCUGGGCCCAUCGGGCUCCCGGGAUUCACAGGAGAGAAAGGAGAAGCUGGGGAGAAAGGUGACCCGGGAGCAGAGGUUCCUGGGCCGCCGGGGCCAGAGGGUCCUCCAGGACCUCCGGGCCUCCAAGGUGUUCCUGGACCAAAGGGAGAAGCAGGCCUAGAUGGCAGUAAAGGAGAGAAGGGCUCCCAGGGAGAAAAAGGAGACCGAGGGCCUCUGGGACUGCCUGGAGCUUCAGGUUUGGACGGCAGGCCUGGGCCACCGGGUACCCCAGGACCAAUCGGGGUUCCAGGCCCAGCUGGACCAAAGGGCGAAAGGGGUAGCAAAGGAGACCCAGGGAUGACAGGACCAACGGGAGCAGCUGGGCUGCCUGGUUUACAUGGACCACCCGGGGACAAGGGAAACCGGGGGGAGAGGGGCAAGAAGGGCUCUAGAGGGCCUAAAGGGGACAAGGGGGACCAAGGAGCGCCCGGACUAGACGCCCCCUGCCCGCUGGGAGAAGACGGCUUACCAGUCCAAGGCUGCUGGAACAAGUGAUGCCUCUAACCUCGGACUGGCCUGUGUGUGUGUCUGUAUAUAGGAUAUUUAUUUUUAUACAGUUUUCACCUUUUGAAAAUGCCCAAACUAUGAUGCAUCUUACAGAUCAUUAAAAGAGAAAGAAAGCCCUGCAUAUUUUGUACAGGAAAUAACCCCUUUCCCUUUUGUUUACAAGACAUUUUUGUAUAAAUCUGUUUCUAAUACAC